AUGUGCCUGUCCUUGCUAAAUCGUUCACACCCCCAGGUUCAAAGAAGUCAACUUCACUUCGUUGAUGACGAUCAGACCAUUGCGACCAAGGCAAUCCUGAUGCUGGUGAAAAUGUUCUUGAUAGUGCUUGCACUGGCAAACGUUGUCCAAAGUCAUCAGACCGCGAUGGUUCACAAUGUAGACGAUCUUCUGGCUCGAGCAAUUUCACAAACGACCUUCGGUCGUUUGCAUUUCUCAGCGUCGAAUGCUGUAGUGCGUCAAGACUGGAUCGUCAUCCACCCACGAUCGACCGCUCGUAUCGUAAGACGCGAUCUACCUGUUGACAUCGCCGUGCUACUGGACUGUUCCGAGCAGUCUCAAAGCAAUGAAGUUCUGGUCCAGCAAAUUCCAGCUACCUGUCGAAUAUCUGGUCUUGAUAGCUCCUUAAUCAGGAAUGCCAUUGAUCAACUCGGUACGGCUCCAUUGCUCACGAAAGCAAAUGGCCUGGUUCAAGGAUUCAUUCGCCAGAAUGACAUCUCAGAACCGCAAGGCUUGAAUCCCGAUGUACAAGGGAUCGCGAACAUCAGCAAGAGCAAUGUGAAAAGUCUCGGCCUGGUGGACUGGGAGGCAACAGCUCCUGUUGCCCUCACCGUGCAACCUAUACAACCACGCCACAUGCUCAGGCCCGAUUGGACCUACCUCAUGAUUGGAAUGACGGGCGCUAUGGGGAUAUCUCUUUGCCAGUGGGCAAUACGAAACGGAGCUAGAUCAAUUGUUCUCACAAGCAGAAAUCCUAGCGUGGAUGAAGAUUGGCUCAUCGAGACGCGCUCACUUGGGGCAGACGUACAGGUGUGGCCGAUGGAAAUCGCCAGCAGAGCUGCAGUUGGGUCUGUCAUCUCCCGGAUCAACAGCACGAUGCCUCAGCUUGUAGGGGGCUGUAACGGCACCAUGGUUCUCAAUGACAAACUUUUCCUGGACAUGGAUGCGCAAGGAAUGAAUGCGGCCCUCGAGCCCAAAUUUCGCGGGUCUCAAAUCAUUGAUAAGGUCUUAGGAGACCAAGACCUGGACUUCUUUAUUCUCUUGUCGUCCUGUGCGAUGCCCAUCGGAAAUCCCAGCCAAACGAAUUACCACGCCGCGAAUUUGUACAUGGCCAGCCUUGCUGCCAAUAGACGGACCCCCAGGUCAGCUGCCUCCAUCAUCCAUCUUAGUUAUAUCGCCGAUGUGGGGUAUGUCACUCGACAAGAUCAGAGCAUGCGAGAGCGACUUGAGCAACUUCCGUUCUGCCCGCUCUGUGAGUCUGACAUUCACAACACAUUUGCGGAAGCAAUCAGAGCUAGCAGGCCCAACGGUCGUGAUGAUCCUUUCGAUUUCGCAAUAAACAUGAGUCCUUGCAGGGAAUAUGUUCCUCCGAACUUUUGGGAUAUCACCACAUCAUCAUGGACGCUUUCAGUCUCUCCAUUUUCUUCCGGGAUCUACAUACAGCAUAUCAGACUGGUACAUUACAACGGAGAGUGGCCCUUCAAGCGCUUGUACCGCACAGGAGAUCAAGGACGUCUGCUCGAAGACGGAUCUUUGCUAUUCAUGGGCCGCCUGGACGGCAACACUCAGAUCCAGUUGAAUGGCGUCCGCAUUGAGUCGGAGAAGGUCGAAGGCGCAAUCUUAGCUGGAUCUGACGGCAAACUGUCGACAGCAGUUGCAGCGGCGCACAAAGACCGUCUGCUUGCGUAUGCGACAUUAACAACUGGAAUAUCUUUGACAGAGACAGAAAUCAAGCAGCUACUGAUCUACGCAUCUCUUCCCUUACUGACCACUAUGCAACCCUCCAAGCUGAUCAUCAUGGACACACUGCCGCUUACGUCCGCUGGGAAGAUUAAUCAGGAGGCAAUUCAGGAUCUCGCCAUGUCGGGUCAACCGAACCGACCUAUUUCCAGCAGCGGAACAAUAAACAGACUGAUAUUGCGUCAGGGAGAACUCCGGCUACUCUGGAAAAAGGUUCUCGGUGGCCCAGAUCGAUCAUUCGGUCACGAAAGCGAUUUCUUCCAUGUUGGGGAAACUCAGUGGCCCUCAUGCGCUUGCAAGGAGCCAUAA